AUGAAGGGAUUUAGUCAUAUUAAUAAGCAUUUUGACGCCUUCAUAGUGUCUUUAAAAUACUUUAUUUUUAUCGUUAUUUACCGUGUUUGUGAUGAUGUUCAUAAUGAUCAUGAUGAGGAUAAUAUUCUUCAUGGUGUUCUUUAUGAUGAGGAUAAUAUUCUUCAUGGUGCUCUUUAUGAUGUUCUUUAUGAUGCUCGGGAGUACGUUUGUGAUGAUCUUUAUGAUGACCAUCAUAAUGAUGAUAUUCUUUAUGGUGUUCUUUAUGAUAAGGAUAAUAUUCUUCAUGGUGCUCUUUAUGAUGUUCUUUAUGAUGUUCUUUAUGAUGUUCUUUAUAAUGCUCAGGAUUACGAAAUUUGGACGCUCCCUACUAUUGUUGGAUAUUAUAAUGUGCGAUCUUUCAUAGGGUUUGAUAUGUCUAAUAGCAAGGCGGUACUUGUAAUGGAUCCACUUGGAGAGAUCAAACUUAUUCCAUGGACUACUGAAUGUAAAGAAGAAAAAUUUUGCCAAAGAAAAACAUGUGACUUUGUAAUUUAUGUCAUAACUAGUAACAUGAUGGGUGUAUAUUCAAUUGCAGAAAUUGUGGAUGAUAGUAAUAAAAGACCUAAAAAUACUAUUUUUGUUUUUUAG